AUGUUUCGAACAUUUUUCCGACAUUUGACACACCUUUUUAACUUCAAUGAUAGGACUGUCAGAGUGUCCACUGUCGUGGCAUCCACAACCAGAGGCCCGCUGCUGUUCCGGCGGGCCAUCAUCGCAGCCGGGGACGCGCCCUCGGCCAGCGCCCGGCGCCCCCACGCCGAGAGCGGCGACGCCGACGUCGACGACGACCCGCCCGCCGGGGCCGCGCCGUGCGGCCGCGCGGUCGGGGCCGGGGCCGCGAGGCUGCCGGCGCGGGCCGGGGUGCCGCAGGCGCCCUCCUGGCUGGCGGCGGCGAGGCAGAGGGGCGUGGGCAUGCCGGGCUGGGUGCCGAGGAGGUCCUGCUGGAGGAAGGCCGCCGUGGCCACCGUGGCGCCCGCGCACCUCGACGUGGGCGACGCGGACGGGGGCGGCGGCGGCGGCCGGCCUGCUGCCCCGAUGGGCCCGGGCGGCGGCGAAGCCGCCUCCGCGGAGUGCCUGCUGUGCUACGAGGAGCGGGGCAGCGUGGAGCCCGCGCCCUGCUGCGGCAAGGGCACCUGCGGGCGGUGCAGGCGCAUGCUCGAGCGGCGCGCGGGGUCCCAGCCGCUUCUGUGCCCCCGGCCUUCUGCCGCCAGCCGGCCGUCGGCGCGCACGGUGCCUCGCUGGGCCUCCGCAGCUGCAUCGUCCGGGAGCUCUGCAGCUUCGGCCUCACGCCCGGCCGUCGGCAACAGCGUCGGCACGAGGGCGUGGCGGGUGCUGACCGUGGUGGCGCUGGCGCCGCGCCUGCCCCUCGCGCUGCGGGAGGCCGCCGAGGCGCUGCUGCACGUGGCCAGCGUCGGCGGCGCCAGGCAGGGCCCCCAGCCCGCCGGGCAGAGGCUCGCCGCGGCGGAGGUGGCCGUCGCGCUGUGCAGGCAGUGGCCCAGCACCGCCGAGUUCCUCGUCCAGUCCCUCAGAAACUUCUGGGACGACCUCGACGUGGCCGGCUCCAUCCGGCGGCCUUCGGCCCAUCGAGCCACCGUGCCGGGGUCGUGGACGGGAUGUGUCUGGGAUGCACUUUCGGGGAGCCCCUUGAGCACUGAGCAAUAUUGGGACCCUGCGGCACUCCACGCCGUGCCUACGGCACGGCGGCGGAUGAUGGGCGACGAGGUCGGCAGCGUCUUGGAUUACGCGGAGGUGCUGGUCCUCAGAAGCGUUCUGGCAGCCGUAGACGUGUUCGCCAUAUUGCGAUUGCGGCACAAGGCGACUUCUGCCGCACAGGGCAGCUUUGCCUGCCUGCUGGUGCGAAGACUGGAAUCAGCGCUGGGGCGGCCAAGGGUGAUGGAGGAGAUCUUCGCCGAAGCAGUACUCGAGGGCUGCUGCGCUGGCAUGUUCCCUCUCGAAGGGCACCCCGCCGACGUCGCCUACCUCCGGGAGCUGUACGAGGGCGCGGGGCUGGCCUGGCUGUGCCAGCAUGACUCCUUCAGUGCCCUCGCCAUGCUGUCGGACUCGGAGUGA